AUGUCACACAAACGAUUGUCGUCAUCGCCAUCAUCAUCAUCAUGGCCAGGGCUCUUUACACUGCUGCUUACAGUCCUACUACGCGUCCCCACCACAUCCGCACAUUCGCCGCUCCAAGCCAGACAGGGAAACCAACUACAGGGAGCGGAAGUCCUACCACCGUGCGCACUGCAGUGUGUGUACAACGCGAUAUCCCAGCACCCCCAUUUCCGAAUGUGUCACGGCCAACUAGAAUGUUUGUGUGGGGAAAACCCUCAGCCCUAUAGAGAAUUGCUCUGGUCUUGCAUCGAUGAUCAGCGGCAUUGUCGUCCGGAAGCCCACAAGGAAACAGAGGCUGCUGUAGUGAGUGUGUGCAGCGGGGUAUUGGAUGCGUCGUCGUCGUCGUCUAGCAAUACGACUUCUCCGACUUCGGCAGCGCCUGCAUCUCCUUCCAAGACUGGUACCUCGCAGUCCACCACUCCUCCUUCAGCAAAGGAGGAGUCCAAGAAAACUUCGAAGCUAUCCACUGCUGCGAUCGUAGGGAUCUCUGUUGGUGCAGUAGCGUUGCUAGGGUUGAUCGUUGUGACCUGCUUUCUCUUGACCAUAAUGCGCAAUAGGAGAAAGGGCAGAGAGCAGAUCCGCUCCAUAGCUUUUGAACAGGCCUCGCCUCGUAGCCCAGGCGAGGGAUGGGAGGCUCACGGGAUGGACCAUUCCCGAUGGGCUUCCGUAAACCCUGCCGACCCCAAUUCGAGCGCUGGUCACUAUUACAACUCCAAGAGUCAGCUGACGCCCAUUGUCACCGAUAUUCCGACCGAGAAGAGAGGAGUUCCGGCCAUCAACAUCUCACCGGUGUCGCCCGUAAGCCCCAGCGGCAACCGCGCUGCUGCUCCGCCCACAAAAACCAAGGUGGUUGCAUCGAGGAAAAUAAUCGAGAACCACCAUCUCCAGAGUGAUAUGCCUCCAAGCUUUAGUUUUACGCCUGCCACACCUGCGACACAUUGGAGCACGGAGGAGCCAGUAUCCCCAGUCUCCCCGAUGUUCGACUUUAACGGUGCGCGGCUGGCGAGGUCCUCCUCAAACUCGGUAUCGUCGGUAAGCCCUAGCCAGGGAUUUCUUCCGGGCCAGGCAUUCACAACCGACUCGCGGAGUGUGCGCUCGACAUCACCAUCCGUAGAAGGCUCGAACCGUCACACAUGCUCCGCUGCGACAAUGCCUCGUAUCCCACGUGAGAACAGCCCGGAACCCUCAACCCCUCCACCCCAGUAUGCGCCUGCGACACCAUCGCCUUCGGGUAACACCGACUCGGGGAGAUCCUCGAGAAACCUAUCAGGUGCGGCAGCAGCGGGUGGUGGGAUGGCCAGGACAGACUCGAUAUCCUGGCGACGAGAACUAGAGGUGGCUGCAGAGCGCGCCAUGGCCCGAGUGGUACGGUCGGAGCAAAGCAUCCAGGAGGAGGGUCCUGGCGAACGACGGCGAAAAAGCAGUAUCCCUGGAUUAGACAGGUUCGCCAGACGUGCGAGUCGGGACACUAGAGGCGACGAUGAUAGCAGUCUGGCGAGUAAUGGGGAGACUGGCUCGAGCUUCUGGAAUCGAAAGGGCGGCCGCGUCAGCACACCGCCCCGGAGCCCCGGCUUCUUCAAUCCGGGGCGGCGACGAGACAGCGGUGCUACAGGGAGUAAGCGGAGCAGCGCUGAUGUGGGCAACGUUGUCUAAUCGGUAGGUCGGUUUACGAGAGAGGUGAUAUGUAAAUAAAUGUAGCAAGCAAGUGGGUGGUGGUGGUUGGUGGUUUAUUAUUCACUCGAGCGCGUUUGUAACUUCUUGUUGAGGAAUACAGCCUCAAUUCUGUAUAGUAUGAUAUCAGGAGCCUUCGGGCUAUCGCGUUUACCGGUGUUGGUGUAAAUAUGAGCUAUUUUAUCAUA